AUGACCAAAAAACGACGAAAAGUCCAUACAUACUGUCGCCGCUCGAUCUCGGAGAGCGACAAUGAAUUAAGCGUGAAACGAAGCAAGUAUUGUAUGCAAGAGUCCAAUGGUUUGAAGCUGUCGAAGUCUGGUGAAUCACCCGAGACGGUGGCACAUUUCCAAGCGUUUCAAAGGUCACCGGCAUUAACAGACGUCUUUGAGUGGCUAGGGGACGCUCUAUUGGGGGAAUUAGUAGGGCGUUGUUUAUUGUCGCAAUUCCAUCAUUCUCCAUUAAGUGCGCGUGUAUUCCGCAACUUAAGACUGGCGGUGGUGAGCAACCGCAACUUAGCGCAGGUCUAUGAUGCUAUGGGGUAUGGAACAGUCGAGCGUUGUGAGAACGUUAAGAAGUGUUUGAAGAUGAAGGAGAAAGCCGACGUUGUUGAGGCCAUUGUGGGUGAAUUGGUGCUUAAGUUGCAUCAGCAGAAGAUUCCGACUGAGGAGUAUAGAGCUCAUUUGGACGCAGUAUUGGCAAUGAUGCUGCAUACGCACUUUACUGAUCGAAUCAAGGCAAGAAAGGAACAAGAUGAAACAAGAAUGACAGUCAAAGGACCGCUGAGUGUCUCAUUCAAUCCAUUUACUUGUCUACCGAUGGAGCAGUUGGACGCCAUGACGGGAGAGCUGGUCGUAAUGGAUGGCAUUUUUGACUAUGGCGAUCAAGAGGAGAGAGUGGAUGCCAAUGUCAUUUACGAGUAUAAAGAAAACAAACAGACAGGAACCACUAUACCACACCAUUUUUUUGCAGAUGUGAGCACGAUAUUCACUGGAAAAAAGGAACAGAUACAGGACAAGACGUUGAGUGUUGAUUGUAUCAAAGAUGCCAUGAUACAACUGAAUCAAGUGCAUAUUCUGCGAACGUCGAACGAGAUUUUCCAAAUAUUUAAGACUUAUGGUAUGGCGGUACUUUCGGAGCGAAUUAGUCUGUCGCUGGUGUUGCCGCAUCUGUCGUUGGGGUUUCAUCAGCACAGUAAACGCUAUAACAUCAUUACUCCAGCUACGCUCACGCGUCAGAGGCAACUCGUGCUCUCCAUGGCAAACCUCGCAGCGUGCGCAAUUCAUCUGGAAAUUGCAUCGCCAGUUGCUCACGAUGUAGAUAUUGAUGGAGAAGGGGAAGUAGCUGCUUGGCGGCUGCAAGAGGAACAUGGGCUUGCAAAUACUUUACGUGCUUUUGUGGGCUAUCAUAGCGCCAUUGGUUCUACUACGACCUCUGCAACCUACUACAGCAGUGAACUGGUGGACACUGUUUGUACAUCUCUGUACGAUGCAGCCUUUCCAAGUCAAAAAGAGUUCAGUGGUUCUGUAUUGCGAUUGUCUAGGAUCCCAGAGAGAGAACCACUCAUGGUGCGAUCAGUAAGCGAAGCGCGAAUGUUCAUGAACAGCAAGACGUGUGAUGAUUUGCACAAACGCGGAGAGAGACCAGUAGCUGACACCGCUUUGAAAUGUGACGAGAAACAAAAGUUAUGUGUUUUGUUGCGACAGUGUUACUCCAAUAAGCUGGAGGAUCUCUUUGGGCAACGGAACGAGAAGCAAAAAUUGCGACGGAAGGAAAGUGAGCCAGCUCCUGUAUCACAGACGCGGCAAAAGAAGAAAGCCAAGAAGAAACAGCUAGCUGACAGUUUUGCUGCUACAGCUGGAUGCAUCACUCGAAAUCUCGAGCGUUUCCUUCAUCGCCGAUUCCUCUUUUGCCUUGAAGAAAUCGUUAUACUAUUUGCACAGCAUAAAACGGAAGCUUGCCGUGGGCGCAUCACCGCAUUCGAACAUGAUCUUAUUCCGUGUACAGACCAGUCUAAUUUCCGGAAGUGGGUAGUGUCGGCAAGCACGCUUACGUUGGCAAUGCGAGACGGCUUUUUUAGGAUGCUGCUGCACGAUAUUUGCCAGUUUCACGCCAUCAUAUCGUCAAGCAGGAAUACGCAGGACGGACAUCGAAUCACCCAGCUUCGCCUUCCGCUCCAUUACACGUGGGCAAAUAUCAACACUCGCAUCACCUCAAAGCACUAUGCUGUAUCCUAA